ACUAUCAGCACCGGCGGCAGAGGCUCUGGGACUGGGGCGGGUCCGCUUCCCCCGCGGCUCCUCGGCACCGAGCAGGGAAGGACGGUAAAACACGCGCCUUUGUUGCCCUCCACGAGCCCCGUCGUGGGACCGGCUGCCUUGCGCGGAGGUGUCCCCCGGGGCUGCGCCCUUCCCGCGGCCUUCGCAUCCGCGCCCUGUCCUCGUACGCCCCCGGCCGCGGCGCCCUAAGCCUGUGCGCUUCUUCACGCGGGGGAGACGGGCUCGGAGGGCGGCGGUCGGCCCGAGGUCUCCCCGCCUGGUGGAGCUUUGGGGUUCCGGCCGAUCCCGCAGGGCCUGUCCGGUUUGCCCGCUUCUGCUCACAGGAUCCCAUGGCAGCCCUGGCGCUGAUGGAUGGGGCUCAGGGCUGUGUGACCUUCGAGGAUGUGUUCGUGUACUUCUCCCGGGAGGAGUGGGAGUUCCUUGAGGAAGCUCAGAGACUCCUGUACCGUGAUGUGAUGCUGGAGAACUUUGCACUUGUGGCCUCACUGGGUUGUUGGCGUGAAACAGAUAAUGAGGAGACUCCUUCUGAGCAGAGCAUUUCUAUAGGAUUGUCGCAGCUCAGGACUCCCGAGUCAGGUGCAUUUAUCCAGAAAGCCCACCCAUGUGAGGUGUGUGACCCGCUCUUAAAAGACGUUUUGCACUUGGCCGAACACCAGGGAUCACACCCCUUGCAGAAACUGUACACACGUGGCCCAUGUGGGAGAGGAUUCUUGAUCAGUGCAAACUUUUACCAGCACCAAAAGCGAUAUAGUGGAGAGGAUCUCUUCAGUGGGAGUGUUAGUGGGGCCUCAUAUAUGAAGAGCUGUGCAGUCCACAUGUUAGGGAGACCCUUUACUUGCAGGGAGGAAGGGAUGGACUUGCUGGACAGGUCUGGCCUCUUCUUUUGCCAGACCACUGGCAAUGGGAUGAUUCCAUACGAAAGGACUGAGUUCAUGGAAUCUUUCCCACACAGUGCCAGUCUUGGCCAACACCAGGGAGACCAUGAUGGACUGGUGCUUUUCAAUUGCACUGACAAUGGGAAGGGCUUCCUGAAUACCUUUACUCUCCUUGGCAACCGGGUGAAUGAUACUGAAGUAAGACCUUUUAGAUUCCCACCUUGUGGAAGUAUGUCCAAGGAGAGAUCAGCACUUACUAAUCACAGAAAAGUUCACAGUGGAGAAAUAUCACAUGUGUGUAAAGAGUGUGGAAAGGCCUUCAUUCAUUUGUCUCACCUAAAAAUGCACCAGAAAUUUCACACUGGAAAAAGACAUUACACAUGUAGUGAAUGCGGGAAGGCCUUCAGCCGCAAAGACACACUUGUUCAACACCAGAGAGUUCACACUGGGGAAAGGUCUUAUGACUGCAGUGAGUGUGGAAAAGCCUACAGCAGAAGUUCCCACCUUGUUCAACACCAGAGAAUUCACACUGGCGAAAGGCCUUAUAAGUGCAGUGAAUGUGGAAAAGCCUUCAGCCGCAAAGACACUCUUGUGCAGCACCAGAGGUUUCAUACUGGAGAAAGGCCUUACGAGUGCAGUGAAUGUGGGAAAUUCUUUAGCCAAAGCUCCCACCUUAUUGAGCACUGGAGAAUUCACACUGGGGCAAGGCCUUAUGAAUGCAUUGAAUGUGGAAAGUUUUUUAGCCAUAACUCGAGCCUCAUUAAACAUCGGAGAGUUCACACAGGAGCAAGGUCUUAUGUGUGCAGCAAAUGUGGGAAAGCUUUCAGCUGCAAAGACACACUUGUUCAGCACCAGAUAAUUCACACUGGAGCAAGGCCUUACGAGUGCAGCGAAUGUGGGAAAGCCUUUAGUCGUAAAGACACACUUGUGCAGCACCAGAAAAUCCACACUGGAGAAAGGCCUUAUGAGUGUGGUGAAUGUGGAAAAUUUUUUAGCCAUAGCUCCAACCUUAUUGUACACCAGAGAAUUCACACUGGAGCGAAGCCUUAUGAGUGCAGUGAAUGUGGAAAAUGCUUCAGCCACAAUUCCAGCCUCAUUCUACACCAGAGAGUUCACACCGGAGCAAGGCCUUAUGUGUGCAGUGAAUGUGGAAAAGCCUACAUUAGUAGCUCCCACCUUGUUCAACACAAGAAAGUUCACACUGGAGCAAGACCUUAUGAAUGUCGUGAAUGUGGGAAAUUCUUUAGCCGAAACUCUAGCCUCAUUCUACAUCAGCGGGUUCACACUGGAGAAAAGCCUUACGUGUGCAGCGAAUGUGGGAAAGCCUACAGUAGAAGUUCCCAUCUUGUUCGGCACCAGAAAGUUCACACUGGAGAAAAGCCUCAUGAAUGCAAUAGAUUUGACGAUCCUUUAGCUACAUCUCUUAAACUUGUUUAGCAACAGAAAGCUCACACUAAAGAAAGGCCUUAUGAAUGCAGAAAAUGUUCCAUCUCUUUGUUCGACCUGAUAGGAUUCACACCAGAAAAAAUCUCUGUGAGUACCCUUUGUGAGGGAACCAUCAACCAGCAGGUGAACCUUGUACAUUCAUACAGGUAUCAUGGGGAGAUUCCCAGUUAGUACCACGUAGGUGGGAAGCUUUUAUAGGUGCAUUGCACUUUCUAAACUGUCCAGGGCUCUUGACAGAGUUCUGUCACUGCCAGUGCCUGUGGCAGGAGCCAUCUCAUUACUACCAGCUGUCAAAGGUCCCACAGUGUGUGUCAGUCACUCCAGUAUGCUCGGGGAAGGCAGACCCC